AUGGUUGAUGCUACAAGAAACAAGAUUCCGAGUUUACUAAACCGAGAUCGCAUAACCAACGGUAUUAACCAUGAUUUUUGCCAUCUCACUGUUUCUCUCAAUCGUUCCUCUGCGGAUUCUCAUUUUUCUGCGAACUCUAUUGCUGCUCACGGUGGAAUCUUGAAACGUCUUGUGAUGAUAAAGGCUUUGGCUUCUCCUUGUAGUGGAUUUGGAUCUCAGAAACCUGACAAAUCUUGUAAGAAAGUGAAGCCAAGAGCAGUGAGAAUGGAACUCACAAUCACUCAACCUGAUGAUUGGCAUCUUCAUCUCCGUGAUGGUGAUCUUCUUCACGCUGUUGUUCCCCACAGUGCGAGUAACUUUAGGAGAGCGAUUGUGAUGCCGAAUCUGAAGCCGCCUGUUAUCUCCACUGCAGCUGCCAUUACUUACCGUGAAUCCAUCAUGAAAGCUUUGCCAAAUGACAGUAGCUUUGAUCCACUUAUGACACUUUAUUUGACUGACAAAACCCAUCCUGAUGAAAUCAAGCUUGCCCGGGAAAGUGGUGUGGUUUAUGCGGUGAAGCUGUACCCUGCUGGAGCCACAACCAACUCUCAAGAUGGUGUCACCGACCUCUUUGGAAAAUGCGUACCUGUACUAGAAGAGAUGGUCAAACAGAACAUGCCUCUUUUGGUUCAUGGAGAGGUCACAGAUCCGAAUAUUGAUGUCUUUGACCGCGAGAAAAUCUUCAUUGAGACAGUUCUGCAGCCUCUAAUCCAACGCCUUCCACAGCUUAAAGUAGUGAUGGAACACAUCACUACCAUGGAUGCUGUGAACUUUGUUGAAUCUUGCAAAGAAGGUUUUGUGGGUGCAACAGUGACACCACAACAUCUCCUGCUCAACAGGAACGCUCUUUUCCAAGGUGGAUUACAACCUCACAACUACUGCCUUCCCGUUCUCAAAAGAGAGAUUCAUCGAGAAGCCAUUGUUAAAGCUGUAACUAGUGGAAGCAAGAAAUUCUUCCUAGGCACAGAUAGUGCUCCACAUGAACGAAGAAGAAAAGAAACAUCCUGCGGAUGUGCUGGUAUUUACAGCGCUCCUGUUGCUUUGUCCUUAUACGCCAAGGUCUUUGAUGAGGCUGGUGCGCUUGACAAAUUGGAAGCUUUCACAAGCUUCAAUGGACCUGACUUCUAUGGCCUCCCGAGAAACUCGUCAAAGAUCACUUUCAAGAAAGCUCCUUGGAAGGUUCCAGAGGCUUUCUCCUUCUCCUUUGGGGACAUCAUUCCAAUGUUUGCUGGAGAAACCCUUCAAUGGAAACCAUUCUUUGAAUGA